GCUGAAACCUUAAACAUAAAGAAAUUAUUGGAAAUUUAAAAAGAAAAAAAGUUUUGUUAAAAAAAAUGCCGCUAAAACGUUUAAACUUAAUUGUAAUCUUAAUGGUUUUAAAUAUUUUCAAUAUUUUUGUGCAAAAUACAGAGGCUUAUCAGGCUUUAUUGCCACCAGGCGAAGAUGGCAAGUGCUCGUAUCGUGGCGAUAAACUGGAAGUGGGCAAACAUUCUGGCUCAGCACCCUGUCAGAGUCUGAUAUGUCAGGAGGAUGGCUCGACGUUGGUAGAGGGCUGCGGCAAACUUUGGAUACAAGACUGUAAUCGUGGGGAACGUGUGGCCGCCGGUAAGCCCUAUCCAGAGUGCUGUAAACUGAUAUAUAAAUGUAAAAACCGGGAUGGCUCCUCCUAUUACAUAGAAAGAGAUGCUUCGGAAUAUCAAUUGAAAACGGAAAAUUCUACGUAGUUUUUUUUUUAGUAUAAAUAUAUGAAUUUAGUUUUUAGUUUUAUUUUUGUAAAAUAACUAUGUUAAUUUAUUAUUAUUUUCAUAACACCAAUCAAAACAAAAAGGUAUCAAAAAAUUUUUAUAAUAAAUAAUUGAAGGAAAUAUUAUAAAAAGAAAAGGGAAACCGGAAA